AAAUGCUUCAAACCAAAGCAACAUCGUGGCAAGACUCGUCGACCCAAUAAGCAACAGCCUAAUCUAAAAGCAACCAAGAAACUACAGAACAAUGGCACCAUCACAAUCACCACAUUCACCGGCUCAAAAUGAAGAAGGCACCGCCUUUCCUCAACCGCCACGGCCAAGUCCAGUGCCUCUUCACCGCUGCGUUGGCCUCCCUCCUCGUGCUCGGCACGGCCCGACUCGUCCUCGACGGCUUGAAGAACAGCCACAGCCCUGUUCUGCAGCUGCUGAGCAGGCGUAAUCCGGUGAGAUUGCCAGUGAAUGUGUCUGAUGAAGAUGUUGUUGAAGUAGGCUGCAAUGUCUUUGAGGGGAAGUGGGUGUGGGACAAUGGCUCCUACCCACUCUACACAGAAGAGAGUUGCCAGUUCCUGGUCAAGCAAGUGACCUGCCAGAGGAAUGGGAGACCUGAUGCCCUUUAUCAGAACUGGAGGUGGCAGCCUAACACGUGCAAGUUGCCAAGGUUUAAUGCUUUGAAGUUGCUGGAGGUACUGAGGGACAAAAGGCUGAUGUUUGUAGGGGACUCAAUACAGAGAGGCAUGUUUGAGUCAAUGGUCUGUUUGGUACAGUCUGUAAUUCCUGAUGGAAAGAAGUCCCUGCAGAGAGUUCCUCCCAGAAAGAUCUUCACAGCCAAGGAUUACAACGCGACGAUAGAGUACUUCUGGGCGCCCUUCGUAGUCGAGUCGAAUUCGGAUAACGCAAUAAACCAUACUGUACGAAAGAGACUGGUCAAGCUCGACUCGAUAGCCAAGCAUGGUAAGCAGUGGGAAAGCGUCGACAUUUUGGUGUUUGAGAGCUACAUAUGGUGGAUGUACAAACCCCAGAUCAACGCAACGCUAGGGUACCCUUACAAUGUCCAGGAGUACAAGGUAACCACUGCAUAUAGAUUGGCAAUGGAAACAUGGGCAAGAUGGUUAGAAGACAGAAUCAACCCUCACAGCCAAAAGGUCUAUUUCAUGAGCAUGUCUCCAACACACCUAUGGAGCUGGGAGUGGAAGCAUGGCAGCAAGGGGAACUGCUUUAAUGAGUCACACCCAAUCCAGGGUCCAUACUGGGGAACUGGUUCAAACCUUGAAAUCAUGGGGAUAGUGAGAGACGUCUUGGGGCAACUACAAAUUGAUGCCACACUAUUAAACAUCACCCAACUGUCCGAGUUUCGGAAGGACGGGCAUACCUCAGUUUAUGGGGAGCGUAGGGGCAGGCUCUUGACCAAAGAGCAGAGGGCAGACCCAAAGAAUUUUGCUGAUUGCAUUCACUGGUGCCUUCCUGGAGUCCCUGAUACUUGGAAUGAAAUCCUCUACGCACAUGUACUACAGGAUUACAGGUCAAGGAAAAUUAAACCUCCACCUGCACCUGCACCUGCUCCUGCUCGUCACAAGACCUAAGUGUAUAAUCAGAUUGAUUGACGCAUUUCAAAGUUUCAACACACCUCUUUCGAUCUCCAGGUUCGAAGUAAGCAAAAUAGACUUUACGGAAUGGAUAAAUAAAUAGAUAUACCCUCAAACUAA